GGGUUGUCGCACGAUGAGCUCUGUACCCUUGAGUCUACUAAUUUAAUAGAUGAGUUUGAGCAAUCUUUAAAAAGUAUGGAGGACUAUAAGUCAGCCAUUGAUCACAUAUUCCUGUGCUGUCCACAACUGGAACAUUACUUGAAAAAAUUUGUAGUACCAGCACCCGGGGACUGGCCAACUUGGUUUUACCAAAAGAAACUCAUUGCUCAAGAAGUCAAUGCAGAUGCCAGUUUCCUAUCAGUCAUCCCAGAGCAGGGCCCAUUUCAUGUUUUCCUGAAUCUACAAGAAGAUGUUGUAACAAUUUAUGACUUCUUAUUUAAAAAAGUUUACAAAGAGACAUUUGGAUCUGACUUACCCAACAAGCCAAAGCCUUUUCGCGUCAGCCUGGUAAUAACUGCUCUUUUUCUGGCAUGGGGCAAAUUACGUGAUAAAGUUCUCCUAAAAUUCAAGCUCUGCAAGUACAUAGAGUAUGCUUCCAUUCUGUUUCUUUUAGAUGAGGUGGUUCCCAUAUCAUUCUUCCACUAUCCUGUUACAUUCAGGUCUGGAGACAUGGAAUCAUAUAUAACAAUGAUGUUAAAGUUAUCUCUACUGUUUAUAAUCUGGAAAAAGGCAUCAUUAUGACAGAUCAACACUCUUGAUGCUUAGUGACUUUUCUUUUCACAAACAACAUUUUUCACAGUACCAUGAACUUAAAAAGAAAUGGAUGGCUCUAAUAACAGAAAAGUUGAAAUCUGGCAUAGUGUGCUACGCAGCUUCAUUUCAAAUUAUGACAGUGCUAGUCAAAUUAGGGACAAAGCCCUGUCAUUUGCUGCAUCAAAGACAGAACAGCUCUUUCAUAACUAUUUAACAACACCAUACAGUAGAGGUUAUUCUGAAAAAGACCUAAGUUUGGUGACUGGUACAGCUGCUGAUGCAUUACUGGAAAUCAUCAAGCAAGUUGGUCAAAAUCUGGGAAAAGCAAAGCAGGUUCCACAAGAAACAAAUGCAAGAGGGCAGCCUAAAGGAGACAUGAAAUUUUUUCUUCCUACCUUUGACACCACCAUUACUUCAAAAGCAAUGCCCCUUGGCUACUCAUUUGUAAAAGAAGACCCUUCCACAAUACCUGAUCCUAAAUUAAUCUGUGACUACAAAAACUGCACGCAAUUAUCAACAACCAAUGUCAAUCGCCUUAACUGUUUUCACACAUUUCACAAUUUUUGUUUAGAAGAAGCUGGAGACCAGUGUCCAAUCUGUUCCCCUCACCUUGCUGAAAAAAUUGCAGAAAUCUGUUCAGCAUUUAAUGAAAGCUUGUUGAAACCAACAGCAAAAUCUACUAGAACCCCACAAAGCAAUCAAGAACCUGGUAGUAAUGAUGAGAAUGACAGCAUUAAUGUCAAAAGAAAUUGUGACCCUGAAUACUAUGACUCUGCACAAUGGGAAUCCCACAUUGACAGCGAGUUAAAUUCAUUUGUUGUUGCACAACCACAACUGAGACACAAUGUUCCUAAUCACCAGGCUGCACCUUCACAGGCAAUUAACAUCCAAGUUACCACUCAUCCAGUUGGUUCAUCUACAUUUUGGUUCUUUCCUCCUUACAUAUCUCAGUCAACUCUACUUGGAAGAAAUGGAUCUAAUGCAUUUACUUUUAUCUCACUAAUUUUGGCCCAUUCAUACAUCACUUCUGCAAACCGAACCAGUAUACAGCUCAGCCGUGGUCCUCCCAUAAACCCUCAUUGGCUUUCAAUGAUGUUAUCUGCAAUUGUUCGUGGCAACAGCAUAUAUGACACUGUGACGAAUGGUUGCGGGUCUCCAUUCUUUAGUGUUGUUAAGGCAAAACCACAUCUAGAUUCAGUCAUUGGGACUGUUUCUCUUGAAGACACCCUCGAUCUGUUAAUUACAUCAGGUAAUCCACAGGUUUUACAAAGUUCACUUGCAUUUUAUCUGCAAAGGCUUGACCGCGAACAGAACCUAGCAGCAAUAGUCAUAGCUAAUGGAAUGACAAUAUCUCUCGUCGGACGCGAUUCAAAGAUCUAUGUUCUAGAUAGCCAUCUACACUAUGCGCACGGUCAUAACUUUGGAUCGAUGAUCGGAAUGAGUCCCAAGGCUGACUUGGAAGAUUUCCUCAGGAAUAUAAAGAAACUAAUCUCGCCCAAAUUUGAUGUUUGCUCCCUGACAUUUGUCUCGUUUUCACGGCAGCAGUAGAACUUUUGAGUUUCGCGUGCCAGCAAAUCCCACAAACGCCGUCAAACUUGAGGAUUUUACCCUCGAUCCAGCAAAAAAUCUUCCUGGAACCUUAACACGAGUACAUUUUCUUGGUGUAUGUGUAAUUUUUUGCUCCCGUUAAGUCCAUUUUGAGCCAAACGUUUGUGUUUAUUGUAACAGCUUUGGGAAACUCGUGUUUCGUCCGCCAUUUUGAAUGACUCUUGUCUCGCGCAUGCGCAGUCGUUCUGCCGCGGUUUCGUGACGUCGUAACUCUUACCAUCCACAGGAAACCCGAUAAGAGCGCCUGGGACUAGGCUGCUUAAAUCUCUCAUGUUGUAUUUGCCAUCGAUCCGAGCAUUUACUUUACUUUGCUAGUAUAUUUUACUCUAUCAAAUUUUAAGAUGCCCCCUAUUUCAUUUCUAGUACACAGUAAACAUUAAUGGAAAAGGUGGGAGGCCUGUGGUCUCAUUAAUUCAUUGAUCAUCCGCUGGAAUUAAAGAAGUCGUCGUGGGCGCGAGCUCCGUCCACGCCCCUGAGAUAUUUCCCAACGCAAUCCAACAUUAAACUCAAGUGCAGCCAAAAAA